CUAAGAGCAUGUACUACACACAGAUUGUGUUCUUUCUACUCGAUGGCUACUGAUUCCUGUAGAUCAAAUUGAAAACUUAUCAUUAUUAUUUAAAUUUAAAACGAAGUGAUUUUUAAUACCGUAGUGAUUCUUUUUACUCCGAUGGUUUUUACUGAUUUAUACAUAAAAACAGCGCGAGGUGUUUUUUCAUUCAAGGUACAUUCCCAAGCGCGCUUUUUAUGAUUCUUGGCGGAUCUAACAAAGCUCGGCGUCUUCUUUACAUAAAUCCGCCAUCUUCUUUCGAUUUACACAACGGAAGGUGGUGAUCGCGUUUUGUUAAACGGAAGUUUUUCUGAACUUCGACUGCUUUCACCGAAGAACGUGCGGUCGAGUGGUAGACGUAGAAAAGGUUACUAUCUAGUACCUAGUAAACAAAUUGACGUUGACGUUAAUUUAAUCUCUGACGAUUGAACGCCAACGAAGUGCGUAAAAAGCUUGUUAUUGCCUAACCUUUAAAAAACUGUACGAUCUUCAUGUUUUGCCUAUGAUCGUACCUGGCACAGCUUAAAGAUGUCAAGAUUCCAUAAAAAUUCAUGGGGUGGCCGCAAUAGAAGAUCGGGAAAUUCGGACGACAAACACUAUUUUGGACACGAUGAUCGUGUACCAAGAAAUAACGGUGCCUUCCACUUCCAUCUUGGAAGUAGACCGAGAGUGUCCUUUAAAACUCAGACGAGACCAUCUACUAGUGAAUUAAGUAGGAACUUAGCGUUAACAUGCUUAGACGAUGAUGUUCAGAUGGCAACAAGUUCUAAUAACAACAGCAGACAAGUUAUUGUAAGCGGAAGAGAUUUUAAUUCACGACGUGGAAGACUCAGUCCUUUACCUGUGAGAGGAUUUAGAGGAGGAGGGAAAAUAAUUAACAAUAGAUUCAGGAUUAAUCUUCCUGGGGAUCCCUGUUAUCAGAUUAUUAUACCGUAUGGACACAAAUAUGAUAAAGAAUAUGUAAUAAAUAAUCUUCUUAGCUAUAUGGCACCAGAAACUUUUGUUCCAAUAAUGUACAAGGUUCUUGCAAAUGAAGCAUUAUUUUAUGUGGACGAUGAAAAAGAAGCAAUGGCACUAAGUAAUUGUCAUCAGAAGAUCACCACUACAGAUGGUUUUAAGCUGCAAGUGAAGGUUUUCCACCUGUUACUUCCAUAUUGUGAAAUUGAUACUAAACUGAAAGAUAAAUUGAAACAAGUCAUGUCUAAACGUUAUGUAACUGAAACAAAUGCACUAGAUUUAUCCAAGUUCCAUAGAGACCCAGAUCUGGUUGAUGAUUAUUUCUGCUCUCUAUCUCGGACUAUACUGUUAAAAACUGUGUUAGAUAUUGCAUCGGAACACAUACCAAAUCUGGAAGCACUGAACUUAGACGCAACCCGCUUGCAUACAUUGGAGAAAUUAAAUGUUCUGAAUAGAAAGUUUUCAAAAUUGAAGAUACUGUACGUUGGCGACAAUUGGGUAAAAGACAUUAGGCAACUAGAGCAUAUCAAAGAAUUAAAACUGGAGGAAUUGAAGCUAACUGGAAAUCCCCUUUGCAACAAGUAUAAAACUCGACAAAGCGAAUACAUUAGCGACGUGCGGAGACGGUUCCCCAAACUUCUACGGCUGGAUGGCAUGGAACUCCCAAAGCCAAUCUUGUUCGACGUAGCGGACGACGGAAAUAAAUUGCCAACCCCUCGAAGAAUGUUCGUUGCGAACGCAAAAGCGCAAGAAAUUGCUAGCCAAUUUCUGCAACAAUAUUUUCUUAUAUUCGAUAGCGAGAACCGUCAACCAUUGUUAGACGCGUAUGACGAGCAUGCAUGCUUUAGCAUGACCGUGACUUAUUUUCAAAGUAGUAAUAAAUUAAGUGGAUACCUCCUGGAAAAUAGAAACUUGUAUAAAGUAAAUGAUACAAAUAAGAGGCACAAAUUAUUAAAACAAGGAAGAUUAUCUGUGGUCUCGUUUAUAUCUGAAAUGCCACAAACUCUUCACUAUAUAAACACAUUUACGAUGGACAUCAGCCUGGUGACAGAAGUGAUGAUGUUGAUCACAGUCACAGGUAUUUUUAAAGAGCUAGACAAGAAAGAUCAGAUUGUUCGCCAUUUCAAUAGAACAUUCAUAAUAGUACCCGAAGGAACUGGGUAUUGUAUUCGAAAUGAACAAUUGCACAUCAGUAAUCCAACGGCCGCUCAGACGAAAAACUUGAACACCCAGAUAACAAGCCAAAUUCAGCAAGCAGUAGCAUCAUCAUCAUCAUCAUCAUCGAGCAGCACCGCCGUAAAGCCAGUGCCAGCACAAUUAUCCGAAGAUGUGAAACAACAAAUGACUGCAACGCUCAGCCAACAGACUAACAUGAAUUUGGAAUGGAGUCUGAAGUGUCUGGAGGAGGUACAAUGGAAUUAUAACAACGCGCUUUCGGCGUUCCACGAGUUCUUCAAGCGAGGACAGAUCCCACCUGAAGCAUUUAACAAAUAAGUAUACAGUAAAGAUUAGGAUAUGUAAGGCUCGAAGAUGUUUUGGUGCUUCUACAUCAUGAUCUGAAUGAGGACACGGAGGUAUUGGGUGUUGUUUUGAUUUAUCUAUUGCGUUCUGUAAAAUCAUGCUUCUCCUUCGAUUUUGGUACCCAAAACCUUCGUUGACCCUUAAUAAUAUCUGUUCGCAAUAAAGCAAAAAAAGGCUUGUUAUGCAUUAAGGAAACGAAACAGCAGAAAGUAUUUUCUAUAAUAAGGUUUGCCGGCAAGCUUCUGUUUACUUUAACCGAACGAGAUAUUUAAAUGUUUUGAUAUUUUUUUAGAACAUGUAUAUUGUUCCCAUAUUCAAAAGAAAUUGUCGUUCAUUCAGCUCAUGAUUCGUACACAAGUGAGAAUGGGAUUUAGUGGUGAUUCGUAGAAUUAAAAAAUGUUUUGAGGGGUUUAUAAUAUUAGUCCGAUUCAACACUAUUUCUUUUUCUUUCUUUCUUGCUACUUUAAUUUUUGUACAUUGAACCUUUUUGGGGUUAAAUGAAAGAUCAUUUGAAGGUACUUACUCAAAUCUAUUUGAGUCAUCUAUGAAUAAUUUCUUUAUAACACGCGUACCUUCAAAUAAUUGCUGAUUUUCUAAAGUAUGAGAAUCGGAACACCUUAAUUUCGACGCUUGUGACACAAGUGACUUACAGUUCACAUACUGCCUAUUUUAGUUACGUUCUACAAACAUAAUGAUGUUUAUUUUUCCAAAAUAAUCGAUGCACUUUGCAUGAUAAUGCACUUGUUCCAUUUUUAAAUUACACAUUAAGAUCGCGUAUCCUAAGUAAUUUUACAUUAGCUAUUAAAUAUUAUUGAAUAAGUAUGAUAGAAAAGGUAUGAUUAUAUAUCCUCAUUCGAUGUACAGAAAUUCUGAUUGUGAUAUCUUAGAUAAAAUAAGCAUCAUUAUGUGCACAAUGCAAAAUAGUUCAUAUUAAACCUCAACAGGUUGCAACGCAGUGUAAGAUACGCUUAAAAGGAAGCGCAUAUUUUGUUUGAGAAUUCGGACGAAGUUGGCCGACUUUGCUCGUUGCAAUUAUGCGUCGUUCAGUUUUUCUAAUAUAUUAAUCUGUAUUAAAAGAGAUUUUACUAUAAAAGGUAAAUCCUUUUUUAGUUGUACUGGUUGACAUUAAAAUUAUUUCUUUAUACACAAGAUAAUUAAACGUAUCGGCCAGCUUCGGACCAGUUUUAGAAAAAAAAAAAUACAUACUGAUAUGCUGCAUUGCCUCUCUAUUGAAAACUAAAUUGUAUGUACAUAUAUAGAAAUGUAAUGUUGUUCAUUCACCACCAUUUUGUCCGGAUAUAUAUUACACUUUCAAAGUAUCUGAAGAUAUUUUACGUACAGUGUGUGAAUAUAAAUUGUUCGUCGGCGUCAGAGAGAUACAAAAACGAACUUAACGGAGACGGAAUGGACUCUCAAGUCAUAUCAAGGAAGAAAGCAGUUCUUGCUUAAUCACCGAAACUGUUUACAAACUGCUGUUGGAAAACUGCGAGUUCGUCACAGUGUUUCGUUGUGAUAAAAAAAAAGCAAUAAAACAGGAGGAAAGCAGAACAGUCCUAAUGAAACAUUUAGGAUCCUCAGAAAGAUAGAAUGAGAUAUUUACUGGAGGCAAAUGAUUAUUCCCCUUUCUGUUGUAGCCUUUCGCAAUGCACUUGAUGCGCUACGGCGAAUAGGAUACAGAUCUGCCCUCUAUCAUAAAACGUAUAGAUGGAUCAACGAUUAGCAUCGAACAGAAUGAAUUCUGACUCGAGCUUCGUACAUGAGCUGCUCCUGAAUCCAGAAAUAAAUUUCUGCACAGCAAUAUAUGCUGGUCAAACAGAAGCAAUGGCUGCCGCUUUGUUAUGUUUCUGCUGCAGAUACAUGUUGGAUAAUACCGACAGACUUAACGAAUACACAGGGAUAAAAUACACACAGGAACUGUGGAAUCACGUGAUUUUUGACAAGAUAUGUCAUUAAGAGACACUUGUAAUUAUUUUAGGCCAUUCGAAUGUCGAGGAACGCAAAUGAGAUGAGCGUGGUCGUUCGAGAGAACAGUUUAUGCUCACAUUCUGUACCAAUUCGCAUCGACCUUGAACGCGUCAAUUGUCGACGUAAAUUUGGAAACCUGUCAUUAUCAUGGGAAAAAGAUCUUUUUUAACUAAUUUAUUCACGCAUUUCUAACAUCGUUUGAGCAGAAAUUUCCGGAUAUGCUACAAAAUGGUCGAUGGCGAGUAUGAAUUGUAUUUUCGAUCGCUUUCAAAGGAUCAUAUAGUUAUUCAAGUCACACCAUGUACAUGUUAAGGUACGUUUUUGCAGUUUUUGCCUAGUUUCGUCAGGUAAAAAAGAAUGUUUGAGCGCGAUGCAAAUUGUAAAUACAUGAGACGUGAUUGACGAGAAUAAAUAUUUGUGUACAAGAA